AUGUGUCCGUUGAGGUUUGUAUUAGUGUUCUUCUCGGCGGUGCUCGCCGGAUAUUUCGCGUGGAAGACAGUGAAUUCUUCGCCGGAACUUAUCUCAGACGACUCGAAGGAUAAACAAGGACUCAAUUUCAAAAGGAAGAUGGAGAAUGUGUUCUGGAUCUUCGUUGAUAUGGCUAGUGGAAGGUACCUUUGGAGAAAUCUCAAGGAGAUUAGUGCUAAAAGUCAAUGA